AUGAAGCAAAGUUAGUUCCUCCUAAACAAUAAAAUAGGAGAGUAAUAGCAUAAAGACAGUACAAUAGAGAAGUACUAUAAGCUCAAGAAGCCAUAGUAACUUGCUGAAAUUGCGCUAGACAAAUCUGAAAGCGAUUCAUUUUUUAGAUGGAGGAGAUACCGUCAAUCUAUUUUAAUUUAUUUCAACAGAUACAAAUCAGAUAAGCAGAAUAUUCAAAAAAAUUAGGAGUUUAAAGAAUAGGCAAAGUAUUCAGCCAACAACGAAUAGUUUUUAAAUAUAUUAAAAUAACAUACAGAGAACACUACUUCAUCUAAUAAAAAAUUUAGAAAGAUUUUGAAAAACAUUUUAAGUAGAAAACUCCUUGAUGAGAGAUACAGAAAGAGAACUUGGAUGAUAGCAUCUAAUGCAAUUAUGAAUAAAAACUAAGACAUGUCAUAUUAUUAGCAGUUGAAGAACACUAAAGAUUUUCCAGAUUACCACAUAAAUGCUAUUAACUAAGAUGUGUAAAGAACUAUUUUUAAGUAGAACAAAGAAGUAAUGAGCUAAUAGUUACGUGAUAUUUUAAUUUGUUAUUAAAGAAGAAAUCCUGUUAUUGGUUAUUGCUAAGGAAUGAAUUAUAUUGUUUGUUUUUUGCUUGACUUGGAGUUUAGCGAAGAAGAAGCAUUUUGGAUUCUUGUUUAAGUCCUUGAAAAUAUUCUUCCUAUUGAUUUUUUCCCUAAUUUUAUGUUGGGAUUGCUUUGUGAUUUAAAAAUUUUCAACGAUUUGCUCAAAUACUUUAACAUAAAAAUUUGGAAAAAAUUUCAAGAAGUAUAAAUUGAUACAAGCAUAAUUCUAACUCAUUGGCUGGUUUGUUUAUUCACAAAUUCAGUGUAAAAGCAAGUUCUUCAAGUCAUUUGGGAUCAUUUGUUUGCAAAAGGUUCAGUGGCAUUAUUUAAAGCUUCUUUGAUUUUCUUCGAAAUCUGUUAAGAAGAGAUUUUACAAGGAAAAGGAAUUGAAAUCUUGAAUAAAAUUGAAGAGAAAAUAAGCAAGUAUGAUGAUUGUGUAACUUUCAACUAAAGGAUGAGUAAGCUUUACAUUAGCAAGAAGUCCAUAAAUGUUCUGAGAGAUUUAUAUAGAUAGAUUUUCCAUUUAGAAAUAGAAAAAGAUCAAGAAAAGAUCAGGAGCAGACUGAGAUAAUUCUAUAUUAAAAGAUAAAAUAUUAGCUGCAAUUUAGAAUGGCCCAUUUGUCACCAUUAUCUUGAGAGGGAAAAGCUUAUUCAAGAAAAAGAUUUUGAUCACUUCAUAUUGAGAGAGAAAAAGCUUCCUCCUCAAAUCACUGAUUACUAUGCAUUAAGAGAGGAAAAUUAAAAUCCUUAUAACACUGAUAAUCAUGAUAUUAAUGUAGGGUAGAUUUAGUAGUAAAACAUGCAUCAAAAUCCACAAAUUGAUGAGACUAACAACAUCUCUGACUUUGAUAUUUCACAUUUAGAGGUCAUUAAGAACAAUGCAAACAUUACAUAGUUAGACAGAGACCUUCAGAUUCAUGAAAUAUCCUAAAUUGCUAUAAAAUAUAAAUAGCAGCAAAAUUUAAAUUAGAAUGAUGGUUCACCUUUGUUAGCAGAGACGCUUAAGAAAACAGAGUAGCAGCAGGAAAGAGAGUGUACUGAUGAAGAAGAAACAAAAGAAAAUUAGCAAGCUCCCUCUACAGAAUAGGAACAGGAAUAAUAAUAAAUGUAAAAACAAAUAUAGGAGCAAGAAAAUGAAAAAAUAAAUUAUGAUUUCGUUAGCUUCUUAGAUGAAAUAGACUUAAAAUUCAAUAAUGAUAAGGCAAACAGUAACACCAAUUAAAAAACAUCAUCUAGUUAGUAAUCGGAUGAGCUCUUUAUUAUGAGGACUCCUCACAUUUGUCAUUUAAAGGAUCAAGAAGUCCAUGAUCUUUAUGAAUAAAAAGUAGAGCAAAAUCCUUUACAACAGUAUAUUCAAAGUCUAUCAGAAAAUAAUGGAUUAAAUAACAGAGAAGAUUAACAACUCCCACCUUAGUCAGUUUAAUUCAUUAAAAAUUUCACUCCAAGAGAAGUAUUUUCUGAGUUGGUAUUUAGAGACGUUUCAAGUUAUGAUUCUCAAUUCGAUGAACUGUGA